AUGAAGAUUCUCUACGCCAUUCUCCUGACGAUCCUGUCAUGUCUGUGGAAAAUAGUCGCGGGAGCGGUGUUUCUGGUGAUCGUCUGGGCGGCGAUCAGGCAUGACAUAGUGGCCGCCGCGAUAUCCGAAUCACUGCGACGUCAACGACGGAAAACGACGCCAAUGGUGACCGCUGCCGAAAAGAACAACAACAACAGCGGCGAUUGGACGACCGCUGCCGAACGGCUGGCUUUCGAGGCCGUACCGUCCGCUGUAAGGAUCCAAAUGUUGGUCAAUCGUCUGCAGAAGUACGAGACCGAUCACCUGGAUCCUUUGGACAAACGCCUUGAAAAAGUCAAGGGGCGGCUAACCAAAAUGAUGGCCAAGUGUCGCCGGGCUCGGAUGGCCUACGAUUUCGAGUCAUCAGAAGUGAACGCACUAUACGCGUCGUACAACCGCGAGACAAUGUCGAUCGGAACGAAUACAGACAUUUAUAAAUCGACAAUCGUCAAGGAACAACCCGAAUCAUCAUCAGUAGCGAUGGUUUCCGGCGUUGAGCCGUCGACUCAAUCGCUGUCUCUCGAUAUGAAAUCCCGGCCGAAAUCGAUACCUUCCGCUAACCAAGCGCCGUCGGAAUUGGCGGAGUUGACAUCAACACCUUCUAUCGUUCCACAACAGGAAUCACUUUUCGAUGCGUUUAAGGAAAUCACGCCGUAUCUUAUAUCAACCGUUUUAUGGUUUAAAAAUGCCUUGACCUCCGACGCGUACAGGAGAAAAGCUAUUAGAGUCUAUAAUACGUUGCAUUCGAUACUUCACUCCGAAUAUCUAAAAAAAUGUUUUAAAUUCGCUUUCGACAGUUUUGAUAAUUUCGUCAGGCUCUAUACGCACAUAAACUUUGAUAACGAAAUGACUUCAGUCAUGAUAAGAGUACCGGCAACAGAAAAUGAUUACACAUUUUUGAAUUGA